ACGUCUCCAGUAGAACGGGAGCAAAAAGGGAAGCUAGCCUAGCCAGGGGUUGGCGAGGCGGGUUUUUCCUGAGGGCGUCGUCGCGCAGUGGUAGAUAGAGAGGCUGGACGGCAGACACCUACUUGGUUGAAUCGUUGAUUGAAUCGUCCCAGGAGCGCCCGCCUAGGACAGCGGACGGACAGGAUUUGGUUCCGAGGCGAGGAACGGAGCGCCUUUGUUUUGUUUCAUGUUUUUUAAACGUCGGUGCUAGCGGCGAGGAGGAUUUAGGUUGAACUAUGGGGAACACGGAACAGGGGGGACAUGUGACAAUAACGGAAGAAGGCGAACACGUGAUAAUAGCGGAGACAGAACGCGACGGAUGGGCCGUGGAGGGUGAAGGACGUGGGGACGGGGACGUGGAUCUACAGGUGGAUGCUUACGUGGCCGCUGACGUGGACGAGGAUGACGUGGACGCGUUCAGCGAGGAAAUGCACGUGCUGUGGGACGCUCUGGCGAUCGACGACGGGCCGCAAAGGGCGGCGCGAAUGGCGGAGCUGGGCUACGAGGUUUAUAUCGAGGAUGGACUAGAGGGGUACAGGAAAGCGGCGACAGGAAGCAGCGAGGAAAUGACGGAACGCGACGGCGGAAGAGGAGAGUCCGGGGACGAAGCGCCUUUAAGAAACGGGGAGGGAACGCCUGUGCGUGGUGAUUAUAACGGGCAGUUGGAGCAGCGGCUCGAGUCGGUUCAAAGGACUGUGGGAACGCUGCUGACGUGUCUGAAGCGUGUUCAGCACGUGCUCGAGGCGCCAGAGGGGGAGGAGAGGACGGCGCGGAAGGGGGCGGGGGAGAUGCGUGGGGAAGUAAUGGGCGAGGGGGAAAGGAACACUAAGAGAGGUGGGGAUGGGCGAGGGGAGGUUAAGCUGGAGUGGAGUAUGGUGGAUUGCGUUGCGACUAUGGCGGCGAUAGAAGCACAGGUGGCGGAGCUGAGACAAGCGCAAAGAGGAAGGGAGAGAGCGGGGGGCGGCAGGGGAGGGGGGUUGGAGGGGGUUCAAAAGGAGGUGCGUGGAAGCGAUGGAGGGGCGGUGCAGGUUGCAGGCGAAACGGGGGAGGGGAAUGGAGGCGCGGAGAGCAGGGGAGGCGCGGAGGGGAUGCCACAAGGCAAAGAGGGUGGGAGGACCGUGCGCCGGGCAGGAGAAGCAGGAGAGGCAGCAGAUGCAGCAUUGGCAGCAGGGGCAGGUCGGACAGAGGAAGAGGAAAUAGAGGCGGUGAGACGAGACAAGGGCGCGUUGGGGAGAGAGAGGAGCGCAUUGCAGCGCGAGAACGAGGUGCUGCGGGAGAUGCUGCUGCUGGCGUUCCAAGGGCGGGGGGCCGCAGAGCUGAGUCAGCUCACUCGGCUCCUCACACGGCCAGACAUUCUCAGCGCUGCAGCAGCAGAGGCAAAGGCAGAGCAGGCAGACACAGGUACCGACACGCGCACCAGUGCCAGCACGCAUGCAGACAUGGCAGCAACUUCGCCCACGGAUUCGACUCUCACACCGUCUCAGACCACCGCCACACCCACGCGUUCCUCCUCCCGCCCGCUCCCUCACUUCCCCUCGCUCAUCCCCCACCUGCAGCUGCGCUCCUUCUCCUUCUCCCGCUCCUCUCCCCACCAUUCCUCUCGCCCAACCACCCACCAUUCCGCUCACCCACCCCCCACCACAACCCAAGCCUCUCACCCAGCCACCACCCACCACGCAGCCCAUCAGUCUUCCCUGAAUCGCUCCAUGUCUGCCAGGCCCCUGGCCACGUGGCUCAAGUGGCGAGACCGUGACGUUGUGAAGCGGGCAGAUGGGGGAGUGGAGCAACCUGAGCUCGCCGCCAGCGCUGCUGCCAAUGGCCGUGGUGAGCGCGGUGCAGCGGACUGCAGUGCUGCUGCGCAUGCCAACGCUGCUGCAGAUGGUGGUGCUGCGGGCGUCGGCGUUGUGCCCUCUCGUGUGGCGUGUGUGCCUGCUGCUGAUAGCUGUGAUCGUGGUGAGCGAGACACAACGGGCGGCACUGACACUGCUGCUGCUGCUACCGCUACUGGUUCUGCUGCUGCUGCUGCUGCUGCUGCUGCUGCUGCUGGUACUACGGCUACUGCAAAUGCUGCUGCUGUCAUUGGUGGUAGCACAGAGGCACAGCAAGUGGCCAGCCCAACAGGCAGUGCCAUGGAGCCACGGGAAGCUGACAACUGGCACUGCCAGCACCACUCACCAUCCCCCCUGCCUGCUGCUGGUGUUGGUGGUGACGGUGAUGCUGCUGCUAUUGCUGCUGCUGCUGCCGCUGCUGCAGCUGAUGGUGGUGGUGGUGUCAGUGGUGGUGGUGAGGUAGUUGGCUCUACAUCCGCCCGGCCGGAUGCAGCGUUUCCACAACCACCUGAAGCGGUGCCGCCCCCAAGGGAACCAGAAGCUGUGCCGCCCAAACAAGAGCCAGAGGCAGUGCCGACCGCAAAAGACCCAGAAGCCCAACAAGGCAGGGAAGCGCCGCCGUGCGAGUCAGCUCAAACGGCAGUGGAAGGUGCAUGCGAGUCGAGCCUAACGCCAAAGGUGGCAGACAGUGUCAAGGGAGGAGGGGAGGGGAAGGACGAUACGGGGAAAGCAGUGAUGGAUGAGGGUGGAGCGGAGGCACGAAGGGAAGGGGAAAGCGGAGACAGAGUGAAGGCUGAAGCAGGGGAAUCGAAGGAAGCAGCGGGUGGGCAUCAGCACACAGACACCCAUCACUCCAGCCCGGCUCACCAUUCCGCACUUCCACACUCCGCCCUUCCCCACUUCUCAGACCCGCAUUCCUGGCGUCCCCACUCCUCCCACUCACACUUGCCACGCCCGCCCCUCAGCAGCAGCUUCCGCCUUUCCAGCAGGUCGCACAGGUCGGACGGAGAUGAUGCUGACACCGCAUGCCACAUCAGCUGCUUUGCUGGCGAUGGCGAUGCUGACUCAGCAUUCCCUGUCAGCUGCUUUGCUGGCAAAGGCGACGCCGACUCAGCAUUCCCCGUCAACUGUUUUUCUGGCAAGUGCGAAGCUGACUCAACACGCCAUGUCAGCUGCUUUGGAGGCAGCAGGAGCAUCAGCAGCUGCGGAAGCAGACACAUACAAGGGUCAAAACCAGGAGGGUCGUUCAGGGAGAUCCAGUCAGGGACUAGAAUCCUCCUCAGAAGAACUGCAAGCGAGCGGCAUUCUGGUCCCCAGUCCACCUCUCCCCACUCCAUCUCUGCACUAUCCCCCUCCGUGCCGUCAGGUGCCACAUCCAGCAGUCAGCCUCGCCGGAUAGUUGUGCGCCGAUUCAUGCGCAGAAGCAGCAGCAGCAGUGGGGGGGCCGGCAGAAGAACUGGCAGCAGCAGUGGCGGUGGCGGUGGUGGUGGCAGGAGCGGGAGUGGGAAUGAGAGUGGGAGUGUCAGCAGCAGCAACGGUCCCACUAGAGUGGAGCCGAGGAAGGGAACGGAACUUGUGCCACUAGAGUUAGGCAAGGAUGUGGAGCGCAUGGCACAAGAGCACAAGCCGAGAAUGGGAGUGCAUAUGAAUGGGAGCACAGCGGCAUUCCCCCAUGGCACUCCCACAGCCUCACCUGCAGAACCUGCUUCGGCGGCUGCUACUCUGUCGGACUCGGGACAAGCCCUUGCUCAUGAUGCGUUAGCUUCUCACCACGUCGCAUCCUCUGCAGUCGAUGCCUCGCCUCCGUCCAUAUCGCAAACUACCCAAGAAGCAGCAGCAACAAGAGCAGGAACAGGAGCAGCACCAGCAGCAACAAGAGCAGGAACAGGAGAAGCACCAGCAGCAGACCACGUCGCAUCCUCUGCAGUCCAUGUCUCACUGUCUACCUUUUCACAAACCAUCUCAACAGGAGCAGCAGCAGCAGGAGGAGGAGGAAGAGGAGGGGAAGGAGCAGGAGCAGGAGCAGCAGCACGAGCACCAACACCAACACCAGCAGCAGCAGCAGCAGCAGCAGGGUGGGGUGCUGCGUUCCUUGCCUCUGCAACUGCCACUCGUGCGACUGCAUCUGCUGCUGCUGCCAGUUCCACAACUUUUGCCAGACUUACGCCUGCUGACUCAACUAGAAACAACGGCCAUCUUCCAAGCCAACCUGCUGCUGCAAGUGAUGGUGUUGACACUGGUGCUGCUGCUGCUGCUGCAGCUGGUGCUGGGGUUGACACUGGUGCGGGAGACAUUGCAUCUACCUCCACAAGGCGUGUCUACUCUCUAUGCCAGUUAGCAUCAGCUAAAUAGGGGAAUCUACUUAAUAGUGGGACUCAGGAGCCGACCCAAGACCCACAGCAUCCAGCCAUUGGGAACUAUAUAAGCCCCCCCCUGCAACAGUUGCCUCCUAACCAGGUGACUUAUGAGUCGAUUCAAAAGUCACCCCCUGGAACAGUUGUCUACUAACCAUAUCUUAUACGCUACCGUAUUCCCCCGUAUAAAACACCUGCCGGAAUUAAGCUCCCCUGGUAGCUUGAGUGGGUAUGGGUGUUUAGUUUAACUGGAUACACCACACCCUACUCUCGGACGUGAAAACUUUUGACAUCCCCCUGCCUCCUAGAGAUUCCAUUUUAGCAGGAAACACCAGAAUUUGUGGUGCAUAGAUGCAUGCUGCUGUUCACCUUUUCCACUCCUGCUGGGACAAUCGUACCGUA